AUGUUAAGAACAGUAGAAAGCGCGUUGCAAGAGUUGAAGAGUGGCUUAGUAAUAAAGCGAAAAAAUUACGAAAUACUGGCAAAUGUUACAUUUCUAGAUCUAAAACCAAAAAUUAUACCUGCACGUUCUUUGAAACCACCUUGUGGCGAUAAAUGCAAAAUGGAAUGUUCUACUAAAAUUGACGAGGACUGCAGGAAGAAGAUUUUUGCUAAAUAUUGGGGAUUAGGAGAUAUUACCCUUCAAAGAAACUUUAUUAACUCCUCUACCAAGGCUAUAGUGCCCGCAUUCCGUUUUUCGGGAAAAGAAAAACCUCGAGGUUAUAAUAAUGCUUACUAUUUUGUCGUUGACAAUGAAAAGAUACGGGUUUGUAAGAAGUUUUUUAUGAAUACGUUAGAUGUAAAUGAUCGCGUUAUAAGAACAGUUUUUCAGAAAAGAGAUCUAGGUUUUAUUGACAUAGAAAAGAGAGGUAAACAUGGCAAUCAUAAAAAAGUCGAUGAAUCGAUUAAGCAAGCAGUCAGAGAUCACAUAAAUUCGAUUCCACGGAUUGAAAGCCACUAUAUCAGGAAAGAUUCUAGCCGAGAAUAUAUCGACGGUGGUAAAUGUUUAGCAGACUUACAUGCAGACUAUAAAGCACAAUGUUUGGAGCAAGGAGACCGUUGUGAGUUGUGUGUAAGCUACGAAAAUGCAACUGGAUCUGCAAAAGAGGAACUACAGGAAAAGUACAUGUUACAUCAGGAAGAAAAGGAUUUAUCUAGAAUAGAAAAAUAG